AUGGCGUUUCGCACCGGUUGUGACGCCAUCUGGUGCAGAGCAUUCUCACUCUCCCUAGAGGGAGAAGCCUUAGAUUGGUUUGAUUCCCUUCCGGACGGUUCUAUAGAAAAUUUCAAGGGAUUGAGCAACAUGUUCAAGAAUCAGUUUGCGGCUUGCCGAGCACAAGAAGCCACAAUUGUUGACUUAAUGAACCUCAAGCAGGGUAAGGAGGAGCCUCUCAAAGCCUUCAUGGAUCGGUUCCAAAGAACCGUCCGGCGUGUGAAGGGACUCAGCACGGAAUUGGCUUUGCAACAUGUUAUGCCCGGACUGCAUCCCAGACCGUUUAAGGACAGUAUAUGUCGGAAUCCUCCUAGGAGUAUGGAAGAGUUGCGUCAGCGAACGGUUGACGAGAUCAGGGUGGAGGAUAUGAAGCAAAGAUACCGGAAGGAACUCCAGGAAGCGAAGGCGGAGAAGCAGGAGAGUCGACGGGAUAAUCAAGGUAGUCGCCCGGGAGGCGGCAAGGCGAGAGAGGGACCCCGGAACCCCCGGUUCCCGCAAUAUACACAACUAAACGCCCCUAGAGCACAGAUACUACAAGAGUCGCUCAGCGCCCAAGUAAUGCAAGUGCCACAACAGCGUCCGACCCCCUAG